AUGAAUCCUGUGACUUCAGAAGCCCGCAAUAGCUGGUCUGCGGACGAUACGAUUCUGGCGCUUCGCAAUCACAAACUAACUGUUCGCGAGCAUAUCUCGGAUGUCCUCGGCCGUGCAGAGAGGGCACAGUCGUUGAAUGCCUUCAUUAACCUGCUGCCCGACCAGGCAUUAGCCGCUGCAGAUAAAAUAGACGCUGCAAUCGCAAAAAGAGAGCCUCUUCCUCCAUUGGCAGGUCUGGCUAUUGUUGUAAAAGACAACAUCAACCUGGCUGGCUUCCCGAAUACUGGUGGUACGAAUGCUCUUCUCACCGCAUGUCCGUCCAACACGGCACCGAGCCUGGAGAAGCUGAUGGUGGCCGGUGCCGUUGUCAUUGGCAAAACAAACAUGCACGAGCUCGCAUUUGGAGUCACGAGUACAAAUUUGUCGCCAUUUGCCGGGCCAGUACGCAACCCCUACGCCAUCAACAUGAUUCCGGGUGGCUCAUCAGGAGGAACGGCGGCAGCGAUUGCUUCUCGUGUCGUAACCUGUGGUUUGGGUACAGACACCGGAGGCUCUUCGCGCAUCCCCGCGGCUUUGACUGGAAUUGCGGGUUAUCGGCCGUCGGUUGGUGAUGGAGGCGAGCAGCGUCGUUAUCAUGACGACCAUGGCGUCCUCCCAAUCAGCCACACUCGAGACACGGUUGGACCCAUGGGCCGCAGCAUGGCGGAAGUUACCCUGUUGGAUUUUAUUAUAUCUGGACGACCGCGAGCAAAGCCUGCCCAGCUCCAUGGCGUCCGGCUAGGCAUCCCGCCUGUGCUUUGGACGGGACUGGACAAGGAGCUGGAGAAAACAGUGCUGCGUGCACAACAUAUGCUCCAAGAAGCGGGAAUCGAACUAGUCAAGAAUGACAUACCCAACUUGCUCGAGCUGGAUAGCGCUGUCGGGCUUCCCAUCGCAGUGCAUGAGGCGCUUACUGAUAUCCCGGCGUAUCUGCAAGGCUCACGCAUCAAGGGUGUACGUCUAGAGGAUAUUUUCGACGGCAUCUCAAGCCCAGACGUGAAACUUGUUUUCGGCUCCAUAAUAGACGAUACCUUUGGACAUGAGUACAAUCAAGUCAUGGCGGUUCGACGCCCAGCUCUCCAGAAGCUGUACGCAGACUACUUCCGACAGCACCGGAUCGACGCUAUCCUCUUCCCGACUACCAUUCUUCCCGCCACGCCCAUAGACAUAGUACAUGGCUCUGGGAACGUGUCCAUCAACUGUGGACCCCCAAUGGACGCCUUUACUGCUUACACUAGAAACACGGCGCCAGGAAGUGAUGCGGGAAUACCGGGCUUGAGCAUACCCGUGGGAAAGACAGCCGACGGCUUGCCGGUUGGCAUCGAAAUUGACGGCCCUCUAGGCAGCGAUGAGAGACUUCUUAGCUUAGGCCUUGCGAUGGAAAAAGUGCUUGGUUGCUUGCCCGGCCCAAAGCCUUGGGUCUGA